CCUCUCCCACCUCUCUCUGCCCGGGAAUGUCUCGGCGAAAGCAGCGGAAACCCCAACAGUUAAUCUCGGACUGCGAAGGUCCCAGCGCGUCUGAGAACGGUGAUGCUAGCGAGGAGGACCACCCCCAAGUCUGUGCCAAGUGCUGCGCACAAUUUACUGACCCAGCUGAAUUCCUCGCCCACCAGAACGCAUGCUCUACUGACCCCCCUGUAAUGGUGAUAAUUGGAGGCCCGGAAAACCCUAACAACUCUUCUUCCUCCUCUGAACCCAGGCCCGAGGGCCACAAUAGUCCCCAGGUCAUGGACGCAGAGCACAGCAAUGCCCCGGAUUCUGGGUCCUUGGUGCCCACAGAUCCCACCUGGGUCCCAGAGCGGAGAGGAGAGGAGCCUGCUGGGCACUUCCUGGUGGCUGCCUCAGGUACAGCAGCCGGGGGAGGUGGGGGCCUAAUCUUGGCCAGUCCCAAACUGGGUGCAACCCCAUUACCUCCAGAGUCAACCACUGCACCCCCUCCUCCCCCACCGCCUCCUCCGCCCCCGGGUGUAGGCAGUGGCCACUUGAACAUCCCUCUAAUUCUUGAAGAGCUGCGGGUGCUGCAGCAGCGGCAAAUCCAUCAGAUGCAGAUGACUGAGCAAAUCUGUCGCCAAGUGCUGCUGCUUGGCUCCUUAGGCCAGUCGGUUGGUGCCCCUGCCAGUCCCUCAGAGCUACCUGGGACAGGGACCACAUCCUCCACCAAACCCUUGCUACCCCUCUUCAGCCCCAUCAAGCCAGUCCAAACUGGCAAGACACUGGCACCUUCCUCCUCCUCCUCAGGGGCAGAAACGCCCAAGCAAGCUUUCUUCCACCUUUACCACCCACUGGGGACACAGCACCCCUUCUCUGCUGGAGGGGUUGGGCGGAGUCACAAGCCCACCCCUGCCCCAUCUCCCGCUCUGCCUGGCAGCACAGAUCAGCUGAUUGCCUCACCUCACCUGGCAUUCCCAGGCACCACAGGACUAUUGGCAGCACAGUGUCUUGGGACAGCCCGUGGCCUUGAGGCCACUUCCUCCCCAGGGCUCCUGAAGCCAAAGAAUGGAAGUGGUGAGCUGGGCUAUGGGGAGGUGAUGGGUCCGUUGGAGAAGCCUGGUGGACGGCAUAAAUGCCGCUUCUGCGCCAAAGUGUUUGGCAGUGACAGCGCCCUGCAGAUUCACCUGCGCUCCCACACAGGUGAGAGGCCCUACAAGUGCAAUGUUUGUGGCAACCGCUUUACCACCCGUGGCAACCUGAAAGUGCACUUCCACCGGCACCGUGAGAAGUAUCCACAUGUGCAGAUGAACCCACACCCAGUGCCAGAGCACCUAGACUAUGUCAUCACCAGCAGCGGCCUGCCCUACGGUAUGUCUGUGCCACCAGAGAAGGCCGAGGAGGAGGCUACACCAGGUGGAGCUGUUGAACGCAAGCCUCUGGUGGCCUCUACCACAGCACUCAGUGCCACAGAGAGCCUGACGCUGCUCUCCACCAGUGCAGGCACAGCCACAGCUCCUGGGCUCCCUGCUUUCAAUAAGUUUGUGCUCAUGAAAGCUGUGGAGCCCAAGAGUAAAGCUGAUGAAAACACCCCUCCAGGGAGCGAGGGCUCAGCCAUCACCAGUGUGGCAGAAAGUGGCACAGCAACCCGCAUGCAGCUAAGUAAACUGGUGACUUCACUACCCAGCUGGGCUCUGCUUACCAACCAUUUCAAGUCCACUGGCAGCUUCCCCUUCCCCUAUGUGCUAGAGCCCUUGGGGGCACUGCCCUCUGAGACAUCAAAGCUGCAGCAGCUGGUAGAAAAGAUUGACCGUCAAGGUGCUGUGGCAGUGGCCUCUACUGCCUCAGGAGCCCCCACCACCUCUGCCCCUGCAGUUUCAUCCUCAGCCUCAUCUGGACCUAACCAGUGUGUCAUCUGUCUCCGAGUGCUCAGCUGUCCUCGGGCAUUACGCUUGCAUUAUGGCCAACAUGGAGGUGAGCGGCCCUUCAAAUGCAAAGUGUGUGGCAGAGCCUUCUCCACACGGGGCAAUCUGCGUGCACAUUUUGUGGGCCACAAGGCCAGUCCAGCUGCCCGGGCCCAGAACUCCUGCCCCAUCUGCCAGAAGAAGUUCACCAAUGCUGUCACUCUACAGCAGCAUGUUCGCAUGCACCUGGGGGGCCAGAUCCCCAAUGGUGGUACCACACUCUCUGAAAGUGGGGGAGCUGCCCAGGAGAAUGGUUCAGAGCAAUCUGCGGGCUCUGGGGCAGGGAGCUUUCCCCAGCAACAAUCCCAGCAGCCAUCCCCAGAAGAGUUGUCUGAGGAGGAGGAGGAGGAGGAAGAAGAAGAGGAUGAUGUGACAGAUGAAGAUUCCCUGGCAGGCAGGGGCUCAGAGAGCGGAGGUGAGAAGCCAAUAUCCGUACGAGGUGAUUCGGAAGAGGCAUCUGGGGCAGAGGAGGAAGUGGCAACAGUGGCCACAAGUGGGAAGGAGGUGGAUAGUAAUGAGAAAGCUGCUCAACAGUCUUCUCUGCCACCACCACCACCACCACCACCUGACAGUCUGGAUCAACCACAGCCAAUGGAGCAGGGAAGCAGUGAGGUUGCAGGAGGCAUGGAAGAGGGAGGCAAACCAGAAAGGAGCCCAAGCCCACUGUCAGCACUCACCCUAGAAGGAGAAGGCACCAGUACCAACUUGGUGGAAGGCCUGGGCAUGCAGGAAGCAAUAAGAAAGGAGCCAAGUGAGAGCAGCAGCAGAAAGGCCUGUGAAGUGUGUGGCCAGACCUUUCCCACACAGGCAGCUCUGGAGGAGCAUCAAAAGACCCACUCGAAAGAUGGGCCACUCUUCACCUGUAUUUUCUGCAAGCAGGGCUUUCUCGAGCGGGCUACCCUCAAGAAGCAUAUGCUGUUGGCUCACCACCAGGUACAGCCCUUUGCCCCCCAUGGUCCUCAGAAUAUUGCUGCACUUUCCUUGGUCCCAGGCUGUUCACCCUCCAUCACUUCCCCCGGGCUCUCCCCCUUUCCCCGGAAAGAUGACCCUACUAUCCCAUGAACCUGUUCUCAGUAUCUGCUGCCUGUUGAGCCAAGGAGCAGAAACAGAGAGCUCCAUAGAGGACCUCCAAGAUUUAUGAGCCCUUAUUUGUCCUCUUACAUGGUAUAUCCCUAGUGACUUUUCUCUAGUCCCUGAGUUUGGAAAUUGUUAUGCUCACUGGGGAAUGACCCCCUAAGGAAUUUUUCUCUCUUCUUCAUUGUACCUGAGGAAAAUAGAUUCUCUACAGCUCUCACAUUCCCACAGGGAAUACUCUGCAGCUUCCCUGGGGCAGCCCUUUCUCCCCCCCUCCUCCCUUCUCCCUUUCCCAGGUGCACCUGAGCUUCAGCAUUUGGAAUUAUAGCCCAGCCAGAGGGGCCAGCAUCUGUCCCUAGAGAGCCCGAUACCACCCCUCU